AUGCUUUUGAAACAUAAACUUUAUCGUUUGUUUCCCACCUUAACAGCUGCAGAAAUAGCUAUUCAACCUACUCUGGAAGAGGCCUCUGACAACUGCACUCAAGAAUGUCUCAUCUUGGGCCACUCUGAUGCCUGCUGGAUGCCAGCUUCUCUGACUCAUUCCAGCCCUUCACAGGCACAGGCCUCCACUCUAUGCCACAGCCCUCCCCUGACGCAGACAACUCUUCGCCGACGCAACCCUCUGGUGACACAGGCAGUUGCUCUCUGCCACAGCCCUCCAAUGAGCCAGGCUAUAGCACUAUGCCACAGCCCUCCACCAGCACAGACCUCUGCUCUCCACCACAGCCCACCUCUAGCACAGGCUCUUCGCCACAGCCCUCCACCAGCACAGACCUCUGCUCUCCACCACAGCCCACCUCUAGCACAGGCUCUUCGCCACAGCCCUCCACCAGCACAGGCCUCAGCCCUUUACUACAGCCCUCCCCUGGCACAGGCUGCUACCAUCCACUGCAGCCCUCCUCUGCCACAGCCUGCUGCCCUUCACCGCAGCCCUGCACAACCACCAAUGGGUCUGCAGCAGGGCUGGGGGCAAGGUGCUGGCCCUGAAGGACUACUUUCUCUUGACCGAGGAGCACAAGGUAGUACAAGAUCUCAGUUUUAUGCCAUGUCUGAAAGACUUCAUCCCAGUGAUGAUUCGAUUAAAGUCAUUCCCUUGACAACCUUCACCACAGGCCAACAGGCUAGACCCUCUAGGGAUGAUUCUCCAAUUAUGGAAGAACAUCCAUAAUAAAGCUAAAACAGCUACUUCACAUUUUCCAACAAGAUGUUUAUAAUCAAAGUUUGAAAUCCAAUUUCAGUGAGUACUUCAAAUUGUUAGAUUUGUAAAUAGCUAUGUAAAUAGAAAUCUAUACCAGAAACAAGUCUAGAGCUAGACCCUUAGUCAAAAGUUAAAAAUUAAAAAAAAAAGUUAAAAAUAAAUUUACAAUUUGAUUAAUUUAGAAUGUGUACUUAAAAAGAAAAAUUGAAAAAAAGUCACAUCCCUUUGUACAGAAAGUCUUAUCAGGACAGAUAUUAAGAUAGUAUAUAUUACUUCUGAUGCACUGUAUUUUUUCUUUUCACCAGCAUGUGCAGUAUUACUGAUUGUUUUCCAUUCUGGUUUUUCUGAACUCAAUACGUAGCCAAUGGAAAACUAGCAAAUAUAUGAUUUUCCAAGAGUACCUUUAUUCCAUCUAAACUUUUGUUUAGACAACAUUAGAAGGUGUAAUUAUGGUAACAUUUUGCCUUUUUGUUUGAUACUUGUUGUCUCCACUUUUUUGUUACUAAUUUUUUUGCAAACAUGAACAGUAGGAAGUAUAAAUAUCUCAUAUUGUUGGUCUCUGUUUUUAUGUUUUCUACUUUUAUUUUAAGGAUAUAUUGUUGAUAUACUUUUUAUAUUAAUUUUCAGUAAAAAACUUAGAAAAACUAUAGAUUUCUGUCAGUAACCUAUUUCUCUACUCUUCAGUAGAGUUCGAGACACUAAAGUGCAAUAACUGUGCCCAAAUUAGGCAAUUAACUGCUAAAAAGGGCCUAUUUCUUUUUUUUAUUAAAUUUCUUUGUAGUUUAGUGUAAAGUGCAUCAGAAAUCAUGUGGCAUCUGUCAUCAUAAGCCUGUAUUUCAUUAUUGAUUGGGCCUUAUCUUCUGAAAUCUGUAUAUAACAGACUAGAAAAUCACAAAGAGGGUGGAUGUACUGAACACUUAAUCCAAAUAAAUAUAACUGUAGAUAAAACCACAUGCUAAACCUUUAAGACUAAGGGAUUUUUAUCAUUCUAGCUCAACCUACUGAAGCAAAACACUGAUAACAAGAUGAAAGUAAGGAAGGAACUUUUCAAGAGACAUAAUUAUAAAUGUACAUCAAAUGUGUUACAGUAUAGAAGUUUAAGGAGAUGUGCAGAGGGAGAAAUGAGGUUCAUGACUGCUUCUUGGGGUGGAGAAGAAAUACCCCAGUAACACACACACAAACACACACACACACACACACACAAACCCAAGAAAAUCUCAUAUAUGAAACAAAAUACGUCAUUCUAAGCGAAGAAUACAUGAGUAAUCCUAGGGAACAUUAGUUUCCUUUUGUUGUCUAUUCUUUCUUUUAUUUUUUGUCCUCUUAACUGGUCGUGAUCUUUUAUGUGCACAUUUCAUCAAUUUACAGAAACACCAUCAACUUAAUUUUCCUCCAUAGCAAAACUGAGAAAAUGUCUUAUUUCAGUUUUACACUAAAUCAAGAGACAAUUGAUGUUUUAGUUGGAAUGGGGGGUGAAUAUUUCUUCUUGAUUAAAUUAGAUAUAGACUUUGUAAUGUGUAAGUUAAAGAUAUAUAAUUUAUGAUUAAACUGUGUGUACAUGUUGUAUUAUAAACUGUGGUAAAUGUAUAGUUUUAUUGGUGAAGGUUUCCAGUGAAUGUUGAGAAAGCUUCUCUUAAUGUGCCCAGCAGGCUACAUAGCACUUUGAGACUGUAUUAUUUCCAUUAUGAAACUCUUUAAAUCUUGUCUGAUUUGGUGUGUGAAACUUCUUAACUUUUAACUACUAGAGUUUAAUUACUGAAAUUUUAAAUUAAUUAAUAUUACUGAUUUUUCUUCCCCUUCUGUUUUGGUUAAUAUUCAAAGGGAUUUGGAGCAUUCUGGUAUUCUAGGAGCAUGUGAGUCCUGAAGGACUGAAGAUGUUUGAAAGUUUACUGAAAUAUGACCACAUAUUUGUGUUGGUAUUAUCAUUGCUGUGGUUGAUGAAGAUUUUAGAUCUGGGGAAGAUGAAAAAACCCAGAAUGACAAAAUCAGUGCUUCCAGUAGAUUUUAGAAUGCUUUUCUCUCUAAAACUUGCAAAGUUAAUGUGAGUGCUUCCUCUUCUAUUUUAGUUAUUCCUAUAGUUUCCUCUCUACAUUCUUAGUUAAGAUCUACACACACAAAUAAAUAAAUAAAGUGAUUAAAAAGGAGAAAUUAAAAGACUACUAAAUAAUGCCAGUAGCAUGAAUAGUUACUAGCUAUGUUAAUGAAAAUCAGAAUAAAACUAAAGUCAGAUUUUUUUCCCUGAUAGUGUGGUCUAUUUUGUUAUGUGGGUGGCUCUUAAAUCCUCAUAUAAAAUUUGUGAAGUGUUGAUACCUUUCCUAGAUAUAUAGGAAUGAACAAAUAUGCUUUCUUGCCCUUUCUAUCUCUGAUUAUACCAUCAGACUUAGAUUGUGUUCAGAAUAUUAAAUGACUGGGCACCCUCUUCUGGGUUUGUACCAGAGAGACUUUAAAUGGAAGCAGGCUCAAAGUAGCCAAAGAGGCAAGGGGUGUAAGCCCAGUUUUUCUCCCCUGUGCAUUCUCUUCCUAAGCUUCCACUAGGUCUGACCUUGGCAACCAGUUACUGCCAAGGUUUCAGAUCCAAUGAGAUAUUUCUCAUCACAUUGCAAACUCUUUCUUUGAGUGGAUGGACAGAGCUAUAGAUUGACAAAACUCACAGAUAUUUUUAAUGCACCAAAUUUAGUUCCAGAACUCCAAAUAAGCUUAUUUUACUAUAAAUCAAAAAUAUUUACCUUGAAAAAGUAAGAUUUGAUUUACUUAUAAAAACUUACAGUUGAAUGAUAAAGAUGGUAAUAAUAUGUUCAAUCAAACUUGUUCUAUUUUUUGGCCAUGUACAAUCAAUGUGAUCAUAAAUUUACUAGCUAUAAUGAUAAUAUAACACAUUUGUAAGUAUGUAUUCAAACACCAUGUAUCUUAUAUGCUAAGUGCAUACACACUUUUUCCCUUGAACUUAUCUUCAAGUUUUAGCUAAUAUUGUGUCAGUGUAUUAGAAACAAACUUACAUAUGGUACAAAUGAUGUGAUAAGUUUAGAGAGUACAUUUUGUGUAGUUUUAUUUAAUUAUUUAACAUUUUGUUUCUGGUAAUGUAAAUUUGGUUAGAAAAAGGUCAUAGUUAAAUGAUUAGUGCUAUUGUGUAUUGGUGACAGUUUAUGAAGAGCCUCUGCCUUCUUAAAUAUUUGUCACACACUUUCGUUAAAGUGGAGAAAAAUAAACUCAAAAUAUCACAAAUUCUGCAAUCCUAAAAAUGCAGUCAUGUCACAAGCAAAAACAAAGAUCCUUUUCAGUCAUGGGAAAAUUAAGUUUUACCCACAUACAUAUUUCAGCAUUAUUUUUUUGUUGUUUAUAUUAAGUCUGAAUGUGCAAUAUCUCCUAAUCCACAUUUGUGAAUAUAAAUAUCUUUUUAUUUAAACUUUUUAUUCUCUUCUGAUAUAUAUUUGCCACUAUGGCUAUCAUCUCUUGUUCUUUCCUAUUUGGUUUCAUAUUUUCACAUUUGGUUCCCAAUCAAAUUAAUAGUUAUAUUUAGAUCAACUUUUCUCACAAUCAUUAGAUACUAAUUUGGCUAUUUCCAAAUGGCACAAUUUCCCUGGAAAACAUGGGAGCAAGAGAAGCUGAAUUAUAUCUGAAGAGGAAAUUUUUUUACAUUAACACACCAAUUACCACUCCAGAGGAAUUUUAUGCAGAGGCUUUAAAAUAUUCAUUCAUAGUCACUUUCUUAUAUUAACCAUCCAUAUCUUUUUCAGUAAAUAUGAUUUUUAAAAGCAGUGCAAGUUGACAUCAAUAGAAAUAACAAUGAGAAGGCCACGCAGAAAAAUGUGUGUGCACAAUUGAAAAGAAAAAAAAAAAACACAAAAAACAUGAAGGCAAUUGUUCAGUGAUUGCAUAUGAUACUUUUACAAAUAAAAUGUGUGGAAUUUAUGCUAUCCCUGCUUAAAAUACUUGGAAUUUCAUGAAAUAUGUAUUUAUGUUUGUAUUUUGAGAAGAUUCCUCCUCUGUGACAUCAUACAGCAUCGGAAAGUGAAGAGUAUCUCAAAGCAGCUCUAUCCAUGCUUUGGAAGUGAGAAGGUUGGAUAUUUUAUGGCAUAGGAAGGCAGUAUGUAGUCCAGUGGCAAAUGUGUAUUGUUUGAUAUCAGAUUCUGUAUUGCAUGCUUUCUUAUUCAUUAUUAUAGGUAUUAAUAAAGCUAUGAAAUAUGAAAAUA